GUCUAUCGGCAGGUAUCGUCCGAGCAAUUGUUUUGAGGUGUUAAGACGUCAAUUGAUAAAUUACCAAUUUUACCACAAUUCACCUGAUUUUUCCACUCACCCCUUUGAUAACGGUCCUCGAUUUGGUGCAUUUACAUUGAGCACGGCAAGCUGAACGUCGAAAACUAACUCGGUUAUCAGCAUCCUGGGCGAACAACCAUGGAAGAGCCGAAAAUGGAGCUGCCCACCACAUCGUCGGGGGCAUCCUCAUCCUCCAUCCAACCCACUGAAAACGUGAGCUACGACAAGAUCGCCUGGUCAUCGCGGGACAUCACAGAACCGCUGGCGGAGGAGUCCGCCACCAGUCAAUUGCGACCCCUGGGCACCUCGAUCUCAGCCGAUUCGACGGCUGAGGCCAGUGCAUCCAACACAUCGUACUCCUUCACAGGCGACUACCUUUCCGGGGGCAACAAGGCGGAUUUGAAGUCCACCUCCUCGGAGGCGGAAAGUGGGCCAAAGGCCGCCGAGAAGGACAAGGAGAAGGAGCAGAACGACGAGUCGCUCUACGAGUGCAACAUUUGCCUGGACACGGCCAAGGAUGCGGUGGUCAGCAUGUGUGGGCACCUCUUCUGCUGGCCCUGCCUGCACCAGUGGCUCCUGACGCGACCCAAUCGCAAGCUAUGUCCCGUCUGCAAGGCGGCCGUCGACAAGGACAAGGUCAUACCGCUCUACGGCAGGAAUAGUACACACCAGGAAGAUCCUCGAAACAAAGUUCCACCACGCCCCGCUGGCCAUCGUACAGAACCAGAUCCUGCUCCCGGUUUUCCUGGCUUCGGAUUCGGCGACGGCUUUCACAUGUCCUUCGGCAUCGGCGCCUUUCCCUUUGGCUUCAUAACAUCUUCACUAAAUUUCGGCGAGCCUCGUCCUGCUGCUGCCAAUCGUGGCACAACGCAAUACGAGGACGAGCAGACCCUUUCCAAGCUCUUUUUGUAUCUGGCCUUCAUGUGCAUCGCCUGGCUGUUCUUCACAUAGCCAGCUGAGGGCCCCUAAGAUCAUAACUUGUAUUGAAAUGCGCAUGGACGGCGUCCGAAGUAAUCAUAUUGCAGUAUCCUCCAGUUAAAGCAACAACAAUAUUCUUAAACACGUUGGGUAAAAAAGUAAAAGUCGUUGGUGUAAUUAACUAAAGAAUAAAUCUACUACUUUUUCGGUUCAAAUUGUGAAAGAGAAAAAUGGAUAAUGGAUGGGAAUGUGCAAUCCCCAUGCUAUUUCAAAUAGUUCAACAUAUAAAAUCAUUUCUUCUGUAUGUUCUCGGAUCGCAUUGAUUUAAUAAAAAAAAGUAGUUGUCAAAAAAUGUAAAAAUAUAUAUAUAUAUAAUAAUAAAGUCAAUAAUACAAAAUGAA